GGGGAGGCUGUGACCUGGGCGGCGAGUCAGCAAGGCAAAGAUCGCGAAGCUUGGCGCCCCGGAGCGCUCAGCGCCAGGUGACACAGCCGUGGGCUCCCCGGCGCGGGCUUGACAGUUUCAUCCCCGCCCACUCGCAGGAGAACGCUCCCCGGGCUGCACGCGCGCGCGCAGGGGGCCUUAAAAGCUGCGGCCGCGCGGAGACGCCGAGCUCGCCCACCGCCCGGAGCAGCGGCCGCAUCAUGCACGUGAACGGCAAAGUGGCGCUGGUGACCGGCGCGGCGCAGGGCAUCGGCAGAGCCUUUGCGGAGGCGCUCCUGCACAAGGGCGCCAAGGUAGCGCUGGUCGACUGGAAUCUUGAAGCAGGUGUAAAGUGUAAAGCUGCCUUGGAUGAGCAGUUUGAACCGCAGAAGACUCUAUUCAUCCAGUGCGAUGUGGCUGACCAGGAUCAACUGAGAGAUACUUUUAGAAAAGUUGUAGACCACUUUGGAAGAUUGGACAUUUUGGUCAAUAACGCUGGAGUGAAUAAUGAGAAAAACUGGGAAAAAACCGUGCAGAUUAACUUGGUUUCUGUUAUCAGCGGAACCUAUCUUGGCUUGGAUUACAUGAGUAAGCAAAAUGGAGGUGAAGGCGGCAUCAUUAUCAACAUGUCAUCUUUAGCAGGACUCAUGCCCGUUGCACAACAGCCUGUUUAUUGUGCUUCAAAGCAUGGCAUCAUUGGAUUCACACGCUCAGCAGCGAUGGCAGCUAAUCUCAUGAACAGCGGCGUUAGACUGAAUGCCAUUUGUCCAGGCUUUGUUAACACACCCAUCCUUGAAUCCAUUGAGAAAGAAGAAAACAUGGGACAAUAUAUAGAAUACAAAGAUCACAUCAAGGAUAUGAUGAAGUUCUAUGGAAUUUUGGACCCAUCGGUUAUUGCCAAUGGAUUAAUAACGCUCAUUGAAGAUGAUGCUUUAAAUGGAGCUAUUAUGAAGAUCACAACUUCUAAGGGAAUUCAUUUUCAAGACUAUGAAACAACUCCAUUUCACGCAAAAACUCAGUGAACAUCUGUAUCAUCCAUACCUGAAAAUAAGAACUAAUGACUUCUAUUAGACCAUAUCUUCAUUUGAAUAUAGCUUUUUAAAGGAAAUGUUUUUGUCUGAAGCUUUCCUUCAUGCAUUUGCUAUUCAUUUUAUUUCCAAAUGAUUAGUUAAGUAUUUGGAUUAAAAAAAAUCAGGAGCUAUCAAAAAUAUGAUGUGAAGCAAAGCUAACUUUUGAUCUUUAUAGUCUAAGUCAUGAUUAAAACAAAGGAUAUUCAAGGAAUAUUCUACCUUUCAGAAAAUAUAUUUAAAUUUGUGGUACAUAAAUAUUAAUGUUUUUCGGAAUAUCAUUUCAAAGGAGAUACUUGAAUUGUUAUUUAAGUCAAACCAGAUGUAAAAAUCUCAUUUUGUUUUUAUGUUCUCAAGAGAGACGCUACCUACAAUGGCAAAUUUUUAGGAACAAUAACUUAUAUGCCACCUUUCAGCUGAACAUUUCAGCUCUUUAAAGUUGUGGCAUAUUUGGGGGCCAGUUAAGAAAUAAAUUAUAGUGUGAAUAUACCCCAAAUGAAAAAUCUGAUGUAUGAGAAAAUGACAGAAAGUAACUGGUUGAGAUGUUGAUCCAUAGUUCAGCCUCCCAUAUAGGAAAGCCAUUUCUUUCCUGUUUGCUAAUUUUAAGAAAUUUAAUUUUGAGGGCACCUGGGUGGCUCCAGGCAGUUGAGCAGCUGA